GAUAACAUCUGUACAAUUUACAUUUUAAUAAUGUCCAAUGUACAAAGUCCUACAGUCUACUGGAAUCAAACAAAUGGUGACAUUUAUUUAAGAAUAGAUAUCAAUGAUCCUCAGGAAAAUGUGUAUGACCUGAUAGACCAUCAGCUGCAGUUUAUUUUAAAAAAGCAGUCUGAUGAAAAAUGGCCGCGCUUGACCUGCGAAGACUCGGAUCCUUCCUGGGUGAUUCCGGAUUCAGACAAACUGACCAAGAAAAACUUGUGUAGCAAGGAUAAAAAAGUACCUAAGCCAGUGUUCAAAAAACUGAGCGAGCAGUACGCGGGGUUGAAUGAUAGAAUCCACAGGGAAGAGUUUGAAAAACGAGAUAUCCAUGAAGACUAUCCUGACAUGUAUGAUAAACUCCACAAGGAAGAGCUGGGAUACCGAAAGGAGGAUUAUAAAAAAGUUUAUCUAGCGUUCUACAAUUUAUCUCAAUUCAUUGGAUUCCUCUACAUUCUGAUCAUCAUGGGAAUAAAAUACUCGAGAGAUGGUCCAGAAUCAAUGGAACAAACGUACAAGAGCGUCGGGAGAUUACUGAAAUUCACACAGCUGAUGCAAUUCCUGGAAGUAAUGCAUCCAAUAUUCGGAUACACCAAAGGAAGCGCCUUGAUAGCGUUCAUCCAAGUCGGUGGGCGUGCGUUUAUCCUGUUUGUUAUGAUUGAAUCGGAAGAACGGAUGCAAACAAAGCCCGUUGUGUUUUAUUUAUUUUUCGUCUGGAGUCUUGUCGAAGUUUUCCGAUAUCCUUAUUACAUAGCACAAUUGUUCAGAGUGAAUAUCCCUCUGCUAACUUGGCUGAGGUACACGGUGUGGAUCCCGCUCUACCCCAUCGGAUUUCUCUGCGAGGGCAUUGUUAUGCUCCGCAAUAUUCCCUACUUUGAAGAAACAAAGAAGUACAGCAUUGAGUUGCCCAACUCCUGGAAUUUUUCAUUCUACCUGCCGACCUUCAUGAGGAUUUACUUGCUGAUGUUCUUCAUUCCCGCUCUCUACAUGAUGAUGUCUCACAUGAACAAGGCGAGGUAUCAGAAGCUUGGCAAGAGCAAGGAGCGAAAGGUUGUCGCGCAAAAGUACAACUCUGUGUUCUACGCACUCAAUUUCUGUUUAGUUGUCGGUUUUUCUUUAUUUUAUUAUUUCAAAAAGAGUAUUAUUAAUUAA